GGUCGUUAUGAAAGUGUACACGUGGUGGUUUGACUUGCCGCUAUACUCGCUGGUACCGUUCAUCACGGAGCGGUUGAUGCUCGAGACCGACUUCGAAAACGAGGCCAGGAACUCCGAGACCAUGCGCAAGCUGGUCAACAAUGAACCCAGUCUACGAGGCAGGGUUUACGUCCCCCCGGUGUAUCCCGAACUCAGCUCCAAGCGGGUGCUCACCACGGAAUGGAUCGAAGGCGUGAGGUUGUGGGAUAAGGAGGCCCUCACGGCGCCUUGGCUGGGAGGCUACGGGCGGGGCUCCAUGGGAGUGCAUGGAGCAAGGUUGGACCCUCCCGAUAUGGAGGCGGUACGCCGGGAGCUGCGGGAAAACCCGAACAGCCAGAAGUUGAAGCCGGACCGGACCGAAUGGCGAGGGCGUCGCGGGAAGGGAGGGUUGGGUGUUUCCACCAAGGAGGUCAUGACCACCAUGAUCGACCUGUUCGCGGCACAGAUCUUCAAAUGGGGUGUGGUUCACUGCGAUCCCCAUCCUGGGAACAUUUUCAUCAGGCGUCUGCCGAAUGGGUUGCCCGAGUUGGUACUGAUCGACCACGGGCUCUACGUUUACAUGAGCGACAAGUUCCGGCGUGAGUACGGCAUGUUCUGGAAGGCCCUCAUGACGUUCGACAACAAGAAGAUCGGCGAGAUCACCCGGGAAUGGGGCAUCAAGGCGGCCGACCUCUUCGCGUCGGCUACCCUUCUGCGACCGUACGAAGGCGGGGACCAGCAGUUGCAAAAGGGCAUGCUGAACGCGCUGGACGACAGCAAGUCGGCGAGCGAGAAGCACUACGAGAUGCAGAAGCGGAUGAAGCAGGGCAUCCGCGACGUGCUGGCAGACGAAGACAAGUGGCCCAAGGAGCUCAUCUUCAUCGGCAGGAACAUGCGUAUCGUGCAGGGCAACAAUGCCUACAUGGGCUCCCCGGUCAACCGGGUCAAGAUGAUGGGCGAAUGGGCCAGCCGGUCUAUGUUCCAGGAUCCUAACCUGCCCUUGCGCCAGAGAGUGAUCAACAUCUGGGAGCAUCUCUUGUUCAAGGCGGUUCUGUUCAUGUCGGACGUUGCCUUCUACUUCUUUCGGCUGAAGCAGCUGCUCGGCAGGGGAGGCGGCAUGGAGGACGAAGUCGAGGCGAGGUUGAAGAGCGUGGCCAAGGACUUUGGCGUUGAGCUUCAACACGACGUGUUCGAAGGGUGAAGGGGUUCGGAAAGGCAAGGGGUUGAUCACCCCAACCAAUCUAACUAUACCUCACCGCAUCACGAGCACUUAGAUCUAGACGCAUAGAUGGAUACCCCUGAUGUGUAGCACUAGUUAGCAAAACAACUUCGCUCAUAGACGGUAAGAAUGCGCACAUGUGUACGAUAUAUAUACGUAGAGAUGGCCUACCC